AUUCUCUGUGUCAGUUUCCUGAAGCUGAGUUUCCACGAUCAGCAACGCUGGAAUUUCCCUCACUGCGAAGCCACACCCAUAAUCUGCUCCCAUUGGUUUGUGUCUCUCCCACCUAAACUUUACCAGCCUUCCAUUUGCCUCCGCCCAUGUCAAUCAGAAUGCUUCCUGCUUUUAAUGCGAUCUGUUUUCAGUGCGUUCGAAGUGUCAGAACUGCGAGAUGGUCGUGUAAAAGUACUUCAGCUCGGCGCUGUCACGCAAGCAGGCCGUGGUCAUGCACAGAUACUCGCACCAACGGUACCAGUGAACUUACGGAGAGGUCACAGAGAUGUACUGACAGCAUACACACAUUCACUUAGUUACCCAUUCGCACUGAAGCCUUGCGCAGUCAUUCAAAACCGUGUACCAUGUCCGGAGCUGCCGAUCGCACCAGGAGGCUACAACCCCCAAAGAUGUACAUGGUGGAGUCCGAACACAGGGUGCUGGACCAGCUGGAAGGUACCAUCCGGCUGGCACGGGGGAGUCUGUGUGUGCUGCAGGAGGGCGGAGCCAGGAGGAGCAGAGGGGACCAGUUGUGGGUAAAGGUGCUGGACCUGAGCUCUGUGGUGAAGCUGGACAGGCAGGUGUUGCUGGACGUCCCUGCUGACUUGGCCAGCCUGCUGGAGCCCAUCUCUGAUGCUGAGGCCCGCUUCCAGCUGUUCAUCAGACCCCAGCAGCUGCAGCGAUUGGCUGCCCUGCCGCUGGGGGCGGAGGUGUGUGUGAAGCUGGGCCAAUCGGGGGAGCUGGCGGAGGCGGUCCUGCGGUACCGGGGCACGCUGGCCAGCGGCAGCUCUGCUGUGUAUUUUGGGGUUCAGCUGAAGGGCAGGGCAGCAGGGCAGGGGAACAGUAACGGCUCUUAUAAGGGCCACCAGUUGUUCCACUGCCCCGAGGCGUGUGCUGUGUUCGUAGCAGCCAGUCGCCUGGUGCUGAGGUCAUCAUCCCGCACCAGCAACCAUGGCAACGUGGGGACCGAGGCAGCGGGUCACCAUGGAAACAGCCAAAGUGCCAUCCUGCCCCGCACUGCUGACUCCGCCCCCAGCCUUGCCCCCAUGUUGCAGUGUGGCUCAUUGGGGUCUAAGGAGCAGAAGCAGAGCUCCCCUCAGCAGGCUCCCCCACUCCCAGCCUUCAGCGUGUCUCCAGAGCAAAGGCCUCCAAACCCCCGACUCCUCCUCAGCCCCUCCCACUGCUCCCCGCCUCCACUGGCCCCACCCUCACCUACGACCACCAACCAAUCCCGACGCCCGCCUCGUCCGCCCUGCACGACCCGGGCAGAGGGGGGCGGGGACCAUGCAGAGGAGGCGGGGCUGGAGGCGGGGCUGGAGGUGGGGUCCCUGGUGGAGGUGGAUGACCCGCCCCUGUACGGUGUGAUCCGCUGGGUGGGCCAGGUCAGCGGCGUGCUGGGCCCUGUGGCAGGCCUGGAGCUGGAUCAGGAUCUGGGUUCAGCCACAGACGGCAGUUUCCGUGGAGACCGCUACUUCCGUUGCCCUGCCAACAAGGCUCUUUUCGUGAAGCUGCGGAACUGUAGGAGGGACUCCCGCUUCCCCGCCCCUGAGACACCAGCCAAUCAGGUGGAGCGCUGCAACUCCAUAGCGUUUGCAGAGUGGGGCAGUGAGCGUGUGCAGGACCCCACCCCGCCCUUAUGUGGAGAGGAGGCGCGGGCGCGCUACAGUGGGAGGAAGAGGGGCAUCCAGGGCCACCUCAACUCCUGCUACCUGGACGCCUGCCUCUUCAGUGUGUUCUCGUGUUGCAGUGCUCUGGACUCUGUGCUGUUCAGCCCCUCUGGGCCGCAGGACGGCCCCAACAGCAGCCACACUCAGGAGCUGCUGCGCUGCGACAUCGUCAACCCACUGCGCAGGUAUGGGUAUGUAUGUGCCAGUAAGACAAUGGCCCUACGGAGACUUCUGGAAGCUGAGAGCAGUGAUCCUGGAUUCACCCACCAGGAGAAAGAUCCAGAGGAAUUUCUCAACAACCUAUUCCAGCUGCUCAGAGUGGAACCACUUCUGAAGAUAAGGUUAGGCAGUCUCCAGACUCAGGAAUGUCACCUGUAUCAGCUGUUCCCUCCCCCAGCCCUGCCCCUGCCCCCUGGCUCCUCCCUGGCUCCUCCCCCAGCCCUGCCCCUGCCCCCUGGCUCCUCCCCCCGGCCUGCUGUCCGAGUCUCCACUGUGCAGGCCCUUCUGGAGACCUCCUUCCUCCACGCCGGCCUGAAGUUUGCAGAGGCUCCCUCCUGCCUGCUGCUGCUCAUGCCCAGGUUUGGGAAGGACUACAAGAUGUACGACACCAUCAUCCCCUCUCUCUCCCUGGACAUCACCGACCUGCUGGACCACACUCUCAGGCUCUGCAGUAUCUGUCAGUCUGUGGCAGAGUGGGAGUGUCACCUGUGCUACAAGGACCAUGACAUCACACCUGGCUGCAUCAAACAGUACUGCCACAUCUGUAACACACAGGUGCACAGCCACAGGAAGCGUGUCUCUCACAGGCCAGAGUCACUGAGCGUGCCCAAAGGCCCGUGGGCGGGACCAGUGCAGGGCACUCGGCAGCGAUUGGCUCUCUUCGCUGUCACAUGCAUCCAGACCAGCCACUACGUGAGCUUUGUGAAGCACGGAGCCCUGCCCACCGACUGGCUGUUCUUCGACAGCAUGGCCGAUAGGGAAGGUGGAGAGAACGGCUUCAACGUGCCCCAGGUGACACCCUGUCCUGAAGUGAGCCGCUACCUGAGCCUAUCAGAGGAGGAGCUCGGAACACUGGACCCCGCCUCUCUCCAUGGCUCCGCCCGCCGGCUGCUUUGUGAUGCCUACAUGUGUCUCUACCACUGCCCUGAACUGGGUCUGUACAAGUGACACACACACACACACACACACACACACACUCACACACACACACACACACACACACACACACACACAACCAC